GAGUUUGCCAGACCGAAUAGCUCAGUUGGUGAACAAAGUUGGUGGCACAGUGGUGAGAGGAAAUGAGUGGCUCAAGCAUGAAGACCUUGACUCGUACGUGCUGUGCCCAUCUCCAAGGAGUGUUUUGAAGGUCUUGAUGAAUUUAGAUUUCCAACAUCUCUUGACAGAGCUUACAUCUGCCUCUCACACAGCAUGCAAUGAACUAAAAGAUUAUCUUUCUUAUCUGGAUUCUCUCUCAAAAACAGAGAAAGAUUUUCUGUUGAAGUUGCCUUUGUUUCAAACCAUGAAAGGAUUCAGUGUUGCAGCUCAAUCGAAACAAGCUGUGCUUCUGAUCUCAGGCCUAACAGUACCAACAGAGCUCCCUGUGCCUGAUUUCAUAAUCCAGUGUUCUACUGAGACUGACCGCAGACUGUUACAGAUGCUCAAAAUUCAUCUGUUGGACACCGCCGAAGCAGCCAAUGUUCUUGUUGACAGCAUAAGGAAAGGCGCUUGUAGCAGUGAAGACACUAAAAAAACAAUGACUUGGGUUUUACAGCACGGUAAGGUGCUUUUCUCACAAAACGAAUCCCUGAAAUGUAGCUGUAAGGACUUGAGCUUCAUUGAGGUGAAUGGACAGCUGAAAAAAGCCUCUGACUUUUUUGAUCCAAGAAUUCAGACUUUUAAAGUCAUUUUUGAGUCAGACUUCUUUCCACCGCCUUCAUACACUCAUUCACUGCAGAUGCUGGAAAGCUUAACAGAAAUCGGAUUACUGAAUAAAGAGAUAGAUGUCUCACCUGAACAUUUGGUACAUGCUGCCACGCUGACUGACAAACUGUGCGUGAACUCACAAACCGAGGCUCUAAGAAGAGCUCAGGUUCUGUUGGGAAUGUUGGAAAGUAAUGAUCUACUGUCAAAGUUUUCUCACAAACAACUUCAUUGCCUCAAAAUGCUUAAAUGGAUCCCAUGUGAACAACCUGGAAGUGAGAAACAAUUCAGUGAUAAAUCUCAGAAGUAUUGUUUGUUUUGCCCAAAAGAAAUAAGACAUUCUGUGUAUAAGGACAUUGUUGGACAUGUAAUGCCUCUAACAGGGAAGCUCAGUGACAGAGUUAGCAACAGACUUGGUCUCAAAGACCUACCACCACCUGAAAAAGUGAUUGAGAAUCUGUCAGUCUUGAAUUCAAAAGCACUGGAAAUGGUUAAUCCUGACACAGAUGUAGACUUCAAAAGACAGCUGCACAGCAUUUACAAACACAUGCAAGACAAUGUCUCUGUAUUUGUUACAAUGAUGAGCAAGGAGACAUGUUGGCUAUGGACUCACAACCAGUUUGUUGCACCCCAGGAUUUGGUUCUUGAAUACCCAAAUAAUCUAGAUCUGAGUUCUUACAUUGGGAAGGUGCCAAGUGAAUUUUUGCCAUACAGAACAUUGUUCCAGAGGUUUGGCCUGAGAAAAGUACUUUCCAAUGAAGACAUUUUGGGCAUUCUGUACUCCAUCCAGCAAACAAUUGAAGCAAGACAAGUGCCAUUUGCAAGUUCCUCAGAGGUCAAAGUGUCAAUAGAAAUUCUCAACUGGCUCUGGAAAGAGAAGAAGACCGUUCAGGAUGACAUCCCAGUGCCAGUCAUUGCUGAGGGAGGAAAAUUUACCCUUAAACCACGAUCAACAGCUCUUUUCUGUGAUGUAAGCAAAAAUGGACUAAAAGAACUAAACUGCAGAGAAGAGGAAAUUUUUGUCAUACAUGAGGAAAUCCCAAAAGCAGCAGCUGAAUGGCUGGAAAUUCGUUUUCUCAGUACCCACAUCCUUGAUCCAGAGGAGAUAGGAAUAGAGCAGUGUGGACAAUCUGAACCAAUAACAAUGAGGAUAAAAAACAUUCUUAAAGAGUACGAUGAAGACAGUGACAUCUUCAAAGAGCUCAUCCAGAAUGCAGAGGAUGCUGGGGCAGAUGUUUGCAAGUUCUUGGUGGAUUUCAGAGUACACAGAGAUGCCCCUGAAAGCCUGAUUGACCCUGACAUGGCUCUUUGUCAGGGACCUUGUCUUUGGGCUUUCAAUAAUGAGCAGUUUACAGCAGAGGAUUGGAAAAAUAUUGUCAGAGUUGGCUCAGCCUCGAAGGAGAACCAAGUGGAAAAAAUUGGAACAUUUGGACUUGGAUUCAACACUGUGUAUCAUGUGACAGAUGUCCCCUCCAUCCUUAGUGGCAACACUCUUCUCAUACUUGAUCCAAAUGUUACUCAUCUCACAAAGCAUAUCAAAUAUAAGUCAAACCCCGGAAUCAAGCUGGAUCUCUCUCAAAGAAGAAUCUUACGGUGGUUUCCUGGUCAGUUUGGAUCAUAUGAAAACAUUUUUGACUGUACUUUUACCCGAAAAAGUCCUCCUGAUCCUUAUCCAGGGACUCUGAUCAAACUACCUUUCCGAAGUGAAGAAGAGGCCUGUCAAAUCAGAAAUAAGCACAAAAGUGUAUCAAAAACACAAUAUCCUUGAUUUUCAACAUCACUUUUCUAAGAACUCAAAAACUCUUCUUCUUUUUUUGAAGAACAUCAUUACAUUAUCCCUCCAAAAUAUCCCACACAAUGGAUCAACUCCACCAAGAGAUAAUGAAAAGGAAACCAUCUUCAUUGUGU